UGCCCAGCCUAGCCCAGCCCAGCGCGAGCACAUGAGCUCUGUGUGUUUUUCUUUUGUUUUCUAUGAAGCUGAGAAGAAAACUGACGAUGGAGUUGAAGAGUUAGUUGAUGAAGCUGGUUGAUUAGAAUGGCUGGUUAAGAUGUUCUCAGAAUACAGGAUUCAUCCAGCUCUGCUUCACCUGCUUUACUGUCUGCUGUGCUCAGCUGGAGAAGAGGUUGUCAGACUGCAGGAGCUGGAGGGAAACACUGUAACCAUCCAUACUGGAUUAACUGGAGUUCAGAGUGAUGCUCACAUACUGUGGUUUUAUAGAUCUGAGAAUUUAGAUACAAAGAUAGUGAUCAGUCUGGUGUUUAAAGGGGAGACUAAUACAGACUAUCCCAGUGAGAGAUUCAGAGACAGACUGCAGCUGAACAGAAACAGUGGAUCUUUAACCAUCACAAACAUCAGCAGAGAAGAUUCUGGAGUUUAUAAACUACAGAUCAUUACUGGACAUCAGUCAGUCUGGAGUUUCAGUCUAAAUGUUUAUGCUCCAGUAUCAAAGCCAGUCAUAAGAAAUGACUCUGAAAAGCGCUCAGUGAGUCUCAGAGAGUCGUGUUCUCCUCUGUGCUCUGUGGAGAAUGGGAAGGAUGUGAGUUUGUCCUGGUAUGAAGAGAAAGAGAGAACCUCCAGCAUCAGUAGCUCAGAUUCCAGUGAACGUCUUUAUCUUCCGCUAAAUAUAACCAACCCAAACUACUCUACUUACAGCUGUGUAGCUGCUAAUCCAGUUAGCAAACAGGCAACCCAGCUCAACAUUACAAACAUCUGCUAUAAAGCUGGUCAGAAAGGUGAGGAACUUCCCGAAUCACUGGCUGCUGUUCUGACAUCUGCUGGACUGAUUGUUGCUCUAUCAGUAUUAUUUGUGCUGUACUGGACAAAGACGUCAAAGCAACAAGUUUAUCUGUAUGUUAAGCUGAAUUAUACUGAAGUGAAAAGCACAUCUCAGUAUUCAGAGGAGGAUCUUAAGAAAGGCAGUGUUGGAGUGACAGAGGACGACCACACUUUGGUGGUGUAUUCAGCUAUAAGGAUGUAACCCUGCAUUUGAUUUUUGAUGACUGCUUUAUUCAGUGUCUUGUAACAGUGAGCUGUUGUUUAGAACAUCUAUUCCAUUUCUGUAUUAUACUGUGUCUGUUAAGCUACAAAUGUUAUUUCUACUAAUUUAGUAAUAACCUUUGUAGACUUUUGUGAGCUUGUACAUGAUAGUAAAUGUAUGAUAUGAAUGUAUGAGGUAAAACAGUAGUGGUAACUGUAAGGUAUAAGAAAAAAACAUGGUUUGUGAUGUUAAGCUUUGUCUUCUCUUGUAGUUUUGUUGUACUAUUGCCUUUAUCUUUGGGCAGAGAUUUAUCUACUUCUAAUAGUUUGAAACCUUCUGAACUUAAGCACCAGUGUUAAAUGUAGCUUGGAAAACAGAGACAAAAUCAUGUGAAU